AUGCUGGGGUUCAUGGACUACGUGCAGAAGGCCUUCCUUGAAGCGUCCAACUGGAACCAGGACAACUCGUACUCCACCUUGACAGCGACAGCUCAGGCUCUGCUUGACUUUGAGACGCCUCGUGGGUUGCGCCUGAACGUCUCCUCGCUCGCCUCGCCCAAAUUCGCAAGCUCCUAUACCAUUGGGACAGUCGGUCUGGUUGACGGAUCGCUGUCAUAUCUUUACUCUUCUCUGCCGCUUGAGGCCAGGUUCAAGAGCAGCGAGAUAGAUCUUCACCAUGUCAUACAAGGCUAUAGGCAGCUGCAGGACCUCAGACAGCCCGACCAAUCGUGGUGGUGGGAGGUGUGGCACAAAGGGAAGAGGGUAGACCGAAGAGAUGCACUGUUGUACGGCCGUCUCUUCCUCCCUCAAUCCACACUCGAGGCGCUGUACCUCCGCCGACUAUCGCCUUCGCGGCAGCUGAAGGUCUCGGCCGUCAGCGAUGCCAGGCUGCCGAACGGAGGUACCAUCCUCACCUUGCUCCAGAAUGACUUCGGCAAGUACAGCACAGAGUAUCUAUACAGCACGGACAGCGCGCUCCUCGGCGUGCGCGGCCUCUACAACUUCGGGCCGGACCCACGGACCGCGACGUCGCAAGAUGUGCAAGCAGAGCCCGUAUACGGCCGGUUCAGCGCAGGCGCCGAGCUCUACUACGGCCUCCUCAACAAGAGCGGCGGCAUGAGCACCGGUAUCCGCUUCACAACUCUACCGCAGCAUACCGGGUUCCCUUACACCAUGACACUAACCCUAAACCCCCUGAUGGGCAACCUCUCCUCGACCUACGCCGUCAAAGCCGGGCAGAACCUCGCGCUAUGCUCGCGCUUCGACUUCAAUUUCUACUCGUACGAGAGCGACCUGCAGCUGGGCUGCGAGCUGUGGCGCCGACGCGGGCCGGAUGCGGAAGUGGAGUGGGCGUCGAAGAUGCUGCGGCCGGACUGGGAGCGACCGGCUGUGCGGCCGGACGGGGAUGUGGCGGGGGUGCUCAAGGCGAGGGUGGAUCAGAACUGGAGGGCGGGCGUGCUGUGGGAGGGACGGAUCAGGGAGCUGCUGUUCACGCUGGGCACGAGCUUUGAUUUGAAGCGGAGGGAUCACAUCUUCAGGGCGGUUGGGGUGGAGCUGCAGUAUUCGACUUGA